AUGCAUGCUGUUUGCAGGAGUAAACAGGACAAACCUAGGGCCAGGCCUUGCGAGCCCAUAAUCAGGUGCCUGCAGAAACUCCACAAUGCACAGAAUGUGACCUCUAUGAGUGCCAUGGUGACUAGGCUGGAGAUGAUUGCCAAUCAAAGAGGACUGGUUUCCCACCUGAGUCCGACAGAGACUGCAUGUUAUCUGACAGCAGAUCUGUUCUACCUGGAGGUGCUUUUGUUGCCUGGGGGAGGAGUUGAGGAUGUGAAGGUGGCUCAGCAUGGUGAGGCUCCUGAGUCAAAUGUGUCACUGCUUCAGUUACUAAGGAUGAAGAAAUUUGAGGAAUUCUCACAGAAGUUGACUGACCUUGCUUCUCUUUAUAACAUACCAGGAGACAAUGAUACAAAGGUGAAGGUGUAUACAGCUCUACAGCAUCUGCAGAAAGACCUAGUAAAGAUAUCCAAUUUACCAAGAUAUUUGAUAGAGAGAGAUGUGCAUGUUGACAUGGUUCUGAAUGGCAGACUUGGAAGCAUCAUGCCUUCCAGAGGAGGAAGCCCAAUGAGCAUCCAAUACUACAUUAGCCCAUCAGAAAUUUUGAAGAAGAUGAAGCAUCCUGGUGUAGGCACUCACAGCCAGGUUGCCAUGGUAGUGGUGGGUGCCAGUACCACUACGCACAGGUUGCAGAUGGACUCUGUGAUCCCCACUCCCCCUCAAGUUGACUCACUGGGGUUCCCUGUGCUCAGGUCACUGUCUGAAGUGUGCACCGAAUCCUUGCCAGCCUCUUUCCUUCUCAGACUCCAGCCACCACUGCCCACGCUCAAAUCUUUGAUCCACAAGAUGAGCCAAAUCACAGAACUUCCACCAGAGGCUGCCCUGCAGGGGGUGCCUCUUUUCCAGCUGCUCGAGUCAGCCUUUUUAGAGAAGAAGAGCUAUGGGAGAUCACAUGAUGGAAUGGAUGCUCAUUUUCUUAUGUCUCUUCCGGAUGAUGAGUUUCACAGCUAUGUGUUCUGUGGCGCUGCAUGGGAGUGUGACUCCUGGAACGGAGCCCUUCUUCAUACAGUGUCCUUCACCCAUCCUGCCCACGUACCUGCCUUAUUGGAGCUCUUCCGCCAUCAGUCAGCUAUUAAUGUCCUAUUGGCAAGUUGCAUCACCGGCCAUAAACACCACCCAGGGCUUGUGUAUGACUUAAUCUGCGAAAUCGUCCCAGAGUCUGACUACAGCUUUUCUGUCACCUUCAGCCUCCUGGACAGUGACUCUCUGGCAGUUUUGCUUGUUUCCGUGGUGAAUUCCCGACGGGUGCGCUGCAGGCUCCUAAUGCCAGGUGGAAUGGAUCACUUUCUAGAUGACUACAUCUGUAAAGUCCUCACACGAUGCAUGUCUAUUCCCAUAACCAUGAGAGCCAUACGCAAGAGGUUGGCCAGAAUGAGAUUUUCACCACCCCAUCCCUCUGAGCCUGACUCUGCUGUUAACACUAAGAGUUCACCUCCACACCUCAGCAUGUCCUCCACACCCUGUUGUCUUCCUGUGAAGUGUCCUCCCUUCUGCGCUGUUCUCCCCUGAGGCCAUGGAGGAGGAUUGCCUUCCCUCCUCCCCUAAACACGUCACGCCUGUAGUUGGCGGCCCUGUUAAUGAUGGUGCUAAUACAGAUGCUGUUGCUAACCCUUCCCCCUCUGUCUCUGUGGGUAUCUAUUCACACAGGGUGGCUAGCACCAUUUCACCUGAGCUGAUUUAGAAUGCUGUGAAGGAAUAAGGCAUUUCUGAGAGGGUUCAAGUAUAUUAGUUUUUGUCAAUUUUUAGUAAUAAAAAAGCUAAUAUUUUUAAAUAUUAAAACAAUAAAGAUAAUGGUGUAAAACCAAAAAUGCAGUCAUAUAUUCAGGAAUUUAAAAACGUAUUUGCUCUCAAUCCAAGAAGUUAUAGCCACAGCUUUUAAAUCUAAAUGGCACCACCCCUCUGCACAAUAUCUGUUUUACACAGUGAUAUCUAUAUAUCUGUUCUACACAGUAAUUUCUACACAGUGAUGUUUACACAGCAUUGGUUCUACUCAUCAUCUUGGGCAAUCUGUUCUCUCACUAUAUGAUAAUUGCUCAUGCAGCACCUCAUUACAUUACAUUUUAUGUAUGUUGACCUAACUACCUUGGCUGUUUCUUGUGUUGUAUUUUGUUUAUUGUUAAAUCUCCUGUAUCUGUGAAACAGAGGACCUAAUAAGAGGAAGUAGAUAGCAUUUUUGGGCUGCUUACCACUGGGGUGUGGCAUUUGCCUAUUAAGGGUUUCUGGGCCUUGGCAUUUGACCCUGCCCCAGACAACCAGCACACCACUGAUUAGUACCAUGCAUGUCAAAUAAACAAGGAAAAAGUAGAUUCUUUAGCUAGCGUUUUCUCAAAUGCACUACCACAAAAAUCGCUGUUCAGACAUUAGACAUGCUAACCAUACUGAAUUCAGAUCUGCAAUAAACAAUUACAUCUGCUUGUGCAGAAGUAUUUAUAAAGUUAAGAGGUAUUAAUUCAGUCCAGAGUGUUGUGGUUUGGUCAUUUCAAAAUGUACUUCUUGUUAG